AUGUCAGCUCCACUCUGAUGUGCGCUCGAGCCAAACAUUCAGAUUGACUUGAGUUUUGGUGAAAGUGCUAAAAUGUGUGCAAUGAUGCCGCUCUGCCAAAGUCUGCGCGGGUUUUUUACGGUUGUCUUGGACCUAAACAUGGAUUUGUUUUUGUAGAACUCAUGAGAGCAUACUCAGAGCGGCACUUAUUAAUGGACUCGUAUCUCCGCUAAUGAUGUCUAUGGGUUUCACGCCUGACAGUCUCAACGCGGCAGACCCCUCCAAGUCGGCCUUUCUGGAGUUUGGCCACGGACACCCGGCACACCAGCAACCAUCAGCCGGACUGUCCCAUAUCUACCCGGUUCACGGCCUACACGCCGCGGGGCACUCCCAGCACGACAGCCCGUUCCCCACCGGAGCGUCUUAUGGACGCUCUCUGGGCUACCCCUACCCCGGCACCGUCAACACUCACCCUCCAUCCGCUUACAUGCCCUACGCGCACGGCCACAGUCCCGGGAGCGGCCUGGGGCAUGGAAGGGCUCAGCUCGCAGAUCGGGACAAACCCACAACGGUGCCUGAGACCAGAGAUAUUCGUCUAAACGGCAAAGGGAAGAAAAUCCGGAAGCCUAGAACCAUUUAUUCAAGCCUCCAGCUGCAGGCUCUGCACCAGCGCUUCCAGCAGACCCAGUACCUGGCCCUACCGGAGCGCGCGGACCUGGCUGCCAAAUUGGGCCUUACGCAGACUCAGGUGAAAAUAUGGUUUCAGAAUAAGCGCUCCAAGUACAAAAAGAUUAUGAAACAUGGCAGCGGAUCAGAGGGCGAACAUCUCCACAGCACCGCCAACUCCAUUUCGCCCUGCUCGCCCGGUUUGCCACAGCUUUGGGAGGUCUCCAUGGCAAACAAAGGCGCCCAAAUGCACCCGAACAAUUAUAUGAACACUUUUGGUCACUGGUACCCAAACCACCACCCUCAUCACCAGGACGCAGUGCCCAGGCCCCAGAUGAUGUGAAUGGUUUUGAUUGGCUGCUUGGACGCGGAAGUAUCGGAACUCUACCUAACUUCAGUUAUUGUGUGUUUGAACAAUGUGUUUCACUGCGUUUAGAUUUUUGCCCAUCUUUAAAACGUGGCCAGCCAUCAAACGCCGUUAUUUUAUUCUUGUGAAAUGCCAAGUGUGGUUUUGCGUGUGUGCAGUUUACA